AAUUAGAAACAGAGCAUUUGUAAUUUUUGCGAGUUGGGAAAAGAGGAUGUAACGAAAGGUUUGGUUGUGUGUCCAUCAACGUGUUCAUUUGUGAACCAAACUUUUUGGCCCCAUCCCAUCUCUGUUUCAUCGUCAAUGGUUUAGGAUCAGAUGGUUCCAUCCAACACUUAAACACAUGGCCCCAUUCUAGUACUACACACAAACACUUUUUCCCUCUCCCAACAAAAAUCACACUGAAGAAACAUGGCUCUUCCAAGACCAAGUAGUGAAGAAAAAACCCUUUCUCACCUUAAAGAAGGAGGAGCAGCAUCAUCAUCAUCAGCACCAACACCACCACCACCACCACCACCACCUUCAUCAUCUUCUUCAUGGAAUAGGCUUCACACUUUCCCUCCUUUGAAUCUUCACAACAAGACUAGCAAAAUUGACAGUGAUGAAGAUAUGUUCACAGUUCCAGAUGUGGAAACCACAGCCAUUAAUGUUCAUUCUGCAGUAGCUCUACCAAACAGUAACCUUAACCAACGUAAUUUGACAGAACCUCAGUUUCAAACUGCUUUUCCUGGGAAGCGUCGCAGAGGAAGAAACCCUGCGGAUAAGGAACAUCGACGUCUCAAGAGGUUGUUGCGAAAUAGGGUUUCUGCUCAACAAGCCCGAGAAAGAAAGAAGGUUUAUGUGAAUGAUUUGGAAGCAAGAGCCAAAGAGUUGCAAGAUAAAAAUGCUAUCUUAGAAGAACGUAUCUCUACUUUGAUCAAUGAGAACACCAUGCUUAGGAAGGUUCUUAUGAAUGCGAGGCCAAAAGUUGAUGAUAGCAAUGAACAAAAGCAAGAGCAGUUAAGUAAGAGCUAACAAGGUUAAACCUUCAAAAAAAAAAUAUUUGUAAUUUAUUCUAUAAUGUAAAAAUUUACAAAUGUAUGAUUACUUUCUUUCUUUUAUACUUUCCUCUAAGACCUUCUCCACCUCCACAAGUUCAAGGUUUUUUGUUCGGCACUCUUUGAUGUAGUGAAGUUGGAAAAGAUUCAAAAUGAAUGCUUAUUGUAUAGUAUAGUUUCAA